UGGGCCCGGUGCAGACGACCUUGCGGCUUGUGGGGCCCGUCCAAGGUGGAGAAAAAGGCAACCCGUGGCGUCCCCUACCCACCCACCCACCCACCCCUUUUAAUUGCUUCGCAAGCCGCAACGGAACGGAACCAAGAGAAGGCGGCCACAGCCAGACUAGCAGAUAGAGAGGCGGAGCCGCGGAGGCCAGCAUAUCUCCCUCGUUUUGGUUUGCGCCCAAGCAAGCGCGUCACGCGAGCACCGCCGCUGCCGCCGUUCACUUUCCCCCUGAACACCAGCCGCCGCCGCCGCCGCCGCCGUCGCCGCCGCAUGCACGCACGCUGCCUCUGCACGAGCGGCAAGCGGCGAUCCGGCGAUCCUCGUCGAUCCCCGCCCUAACGCGCUGCGGUGGUCCGUGCAGCAGACAAGAUGAAGUUCGGCGCCACAUAUGAGGAGUAUCUCCGGGCAGAGCGGGACAAAUUCCUAGGGCAAUGCUCCCAUGUAGAAUACAAACGCCUCAAAAAGGUAUUGAAGAAAUGUAGAGUUGGUCGCUCACUGCAAGCAGAUGGCACAAAUGGUGAUGAGCAGCAGGAGGGGAGAGACGAAUCUUCAAACAUUUGUGAAUGCAACUCAUGCACAUUGUGUGAUGAGAUGUUCUUUACAGAACUCAACAAGGAAGCAUCAGAAAUAGCAGGUUGUUUCAGAUCUAGAGUACAACGUCUCCUCCAUCUUCAUGUUCCUUCAGGACUACAACGCUGUAUAUGGCGUUUUAGGCAGUGUUUCAUAGAUGAUCAGCAAAUAAUGGUUCAAGAAGGCAGAAUGCUUCUCAAUUAUGUGACCAUGAAUGCUAUUGCUAUUCGCAAAAUUCUCAAGAAAUAUGACAAGAUACAUGGUUCUGUGAGUGGCAGAGAUUUCAAGAGCAAGAUGCAAACUGAGCAUAUUGAACUGUUGCAGUCACCUUGGCUGAUAGAGCUUGCUGCUUUCCAUCUUAACUGCGAUGAUUCAGAUGCUGAUGAACCUAGAGCUGGAGAGUUCUUCAAGAAUGGAUUCUUCAAGAAUUUUUCCUGUGACCUGAGUGGAGCACAGCCACUACUAACAAUGACCAUUUCUGAAACUCUGAAGUAUGAGUACAGCCUAACUUGUCCAAUUUGCUUGGACACUUUGUUCAACCCUUAUGCGCUUAGCUGUGGGCAUCUGUUCUGCAAAGCCUGUGCAUGUGGUGCUGCUUCUGUCUACAUCUUCCAGGGUGUCAAGUCGGCACCUCCGGAGGCCAAGUGCCCUGUCUGCCGAGCGGUUGGUGUGUUUGAUCGUGCUGUGCGUAUGACUGAACUAGAAUUGCUCCUCAAGAGAAGGGACAAAGAUUACUUUCUGCAGAGACUGCGCGAAGAGCGAAGUGUGAUGGUGAAGCAGGCCAAAGAAUACUGGGACUCACAGGCAAUGCUAUCGAUGGGGAUUUGAAAGCUACAAUGUUCUUACCAGUUCAAUUGUUGUGGCUAAUUACAUCUGAAGGUUCUCUGGCUAAUUACAUAUUUUAGUUCCUGGCAAGCGUCAAUCAAUUAAGUUAACUGCGCUCACAUAACAGAAAUUGACAUAGCAGAAGCUGAGCCCAUCGAAGAAGCAAACAAAAUCAGUUGCAUUCUAUCAUUCUCCGCCUGAUUCAGAUUUGGAAGAAUCGAACGGAUUUAACUAAUUUCUUUGUUCCUUCCGUUCUACUACAAGCUUGAAAUGACGAAACUCAUAUUGUAUUUACAUAUCUACUGAUUAUUGGGUUAUUUACCCUAUUUACUGAUUGUUGGUGUGUUAUUUGCCUGUAAAAGUGAAGUCAAAUGUUGUCCAGCUGCCCUGAACCUCUUAAGACCAUCUCCAAAGUUCAACCCCCACCUCA